AUGGCUGACCGGAGACCUGCUGUUGCCGCUGGUUCUCGCGGUGCCGCCGCACCGAAGAAGUACGGAGAUCGUCGAUACAAGGGCAAGCACCCUCGAGAUGGAGCUGCGGCAGCGGCUACGCCCGACGAUGAGACCUACGAAGAGGAAUGGGCCGACGAGUGGGCCGAAGAGGACUGGGCCGAGGACGACUACGAGGAGUCGGAGAUUCCACCGAGCUCGGCGGAGUUUCGACGCACCCGUGGUGAUCGCAAGAAGUGGCGCGGAGGACCGUGCCCGGCCCCGCCUCCACUCGAGGCCCGGUUUCAGAGUAUCUACAAGCAGCCGAGGUACUACCAGAAGUGGGUUCGGAAAGUGCACAUGUGGAAGGCCAGGGCGCGACACUACAAGCCGAUGGCCGAGCUGGCCCUGGACCUUUCGGACGUCAUCACGGGCGAGGGCGCAGAGAUGAUCGAGUCUUUGGAAUGGACCCGUCUGUAUUCACAAGAUGGCAUCGAUCUGGUGAUCAACUUACUCGCCGUGUUUGACGAGCAGCAGAUCCUACAAGUUGGAGACCUCAUGGAAGAGUACGAAGAAGUGGAGCGCCUGCCCGGUGAGCUGCUGGCCGCGUACGUCGCGCAUUUCAAGGAUCUCGAGAUGCGGCUCAAGCGGGCAGAGCUUCCAGCUCAGCAAGGACAAUUUCGUGCGUUCAAGUUGUUGCGAAGUUCAUGUUUGUCGCCGGAGGUUCGGCGCAACCUCCUCCUCGCGACGGGCAAUGAGUACGACUUCGACCGCCUCGUUCAGGCCGACAUUAUUCCCGAAGACGAGGCUGAGGAAAACGAAGAUGAAGACGACCCCGAUCAAGCAGAAGUAAAUGAGGCUUACGCCGAGGAGGUUGACAGCAUCCAGGUCAUGCAGGAGGUGGCGGACGCUUUGACCGUCACAAGCGACAAGCUGAAGAAGCUGACCUUGGGCCGCGGGUGGACCGGAAGCGCCGCCCGGCAGGUCGCCGCAAACAUCGUCAGUACCGCCACAGAGAGGCACUGCGACGCCGCCGGCCGGCACGUCUUUUUCAGGAAGCAUUCGUGGAACGUUUACGGGGGAUCGAUCCGGAGAUUCAAGAGCACCGGCGGCAUCUCAGAGGCCAGGGUUUCGCCAGACGUCAUCGAGGCCUUAGUCACGCACCUCUCGCCUGACGAGCUGCAGCAGCGCGUGGCCGCCUUCGAGAGCAGGGUCGCCACCAGCGACAAGGGGGCCUCUCACGUUCGAUUUCAGGCAGCGCCAGAAGUGCGUCAGUUUUCCGUGGAUUCUCGCGGAGCUCAGGCGGCGAGAAGCGGGGCAAAAUCAUCGCAUCAGGUCGACGUCAUCUGGCAUGUCCGGGCGCCCUUGGACGUUUGCUUCCUCGAGGAUUCCCAGGGUUUCUACAUUGUCAUCGACGCAGGUUGCCAGCGCAACGUUGUGGGCUACGAGUGUUUGGGAAAGUUUCUGGAACAUACCGCCUACCUGGGAUUGAGUUUCUGGGAAGCUGAGGAGCAAGAGAGGUUUCGGUUUGGAGUCAGUCGCGCGGUGAGCAAAUCUGUGGUGUAUUUCCCGAUAUGUCUUGAACAUGUGGUGCCCCUGGUUUGCCGUACCUCAGUCUUGGACGUGAACCCUAAGUUGCCUUUCUUGGGAUCGUUACCGCUGUGGAAGCUCCUGGGCCUCCAGCUGGACACCUUGGGGGAAAGGGCUCAUUUCACCAAGAUCAACCUGUGCGACGUGCCCCUGAAGAUUGCCCCGAAUGGCCACUUGCUUCUGAGAGUCGACUCUUGGUUGAAGGAUGUGGGGUUCCCAAGGGAGCCCGAGGCCUGGAAGUUCACCCCCUCGGACGUCAUCAUCCCGGAGCCCAGUGGACCCCAGAGGCACCAGCCUGCGUUUCCGGAGAUAGUUGUGCUCAAGCCGCAGAACCUGGCGAUCAACGCGUGGACGAACCUGAUGCAGCUGAUCAUGAGCCACCUGUCGCACAUCAUCGGUCGCAGUCGCGAGCAGUUCCGGCAGAACUUGGAGAUGUCGAACCGGAUGAUGGGCACGAUCGCGCAGAUGGGCCACGAGAUGGGCUACCUGACACCGAUGGCGGACUCAGUGAAGGCGAUCGCGAGAGGAGCCGCACAGGUUCCGGAGAGCGUGCUGCCACCGCCGCCGGCACCGGAGGAUCAAGCCCAGAACUACUCACAGCUGUGCAAGAAGAGGGACGCGUGCGCCCAUCCGACACCGAGGAGGUACUACGCCAAGGGGUACUGGCUGAUCUGCGACCAGUGCGGCCGGCGGUGGAAGUCGGUCAACGGGAAGUGGAUCGUGGCCUCCCCAGCGCCGGGGACCGAGAUGGUGAAGAGAGGCGCCUGGAAGCGCCUUCUCGGCAUUGCUAAGAAGACGACCGCAGCCUGCGAGACGCUUAUUAACGUGAGUCAAGAUGCCGAUCGCCGAGCUGCCGAUUUACGAGACGCGGAAUGGUGCUGUUCGGACGUGGCCUUCAUGGACAUUCCCGUUCCCGAGUUGCCCGACUACCUGUACCUGGACAACGAGUGCCAGGCGUGCGGCACCGACCUCAUCGAGGGCUGCGCCGGUGCUCAGAGAUGGAAAGAUCAGAUACAGAAAGACAAGCCACUCUACGUGAUCGUAGGCUUCCCCUGCACGCUCUGGUGCUCCUACAACGUCAAUGUGAACUACGUCGACCAUCCCGAGCUGCUUGAGAGACUUCGUGCCCGGGAUCGACGGCUGAUUGACUUGAUCAAGUGGACCAUCGAGUACCAGGUGAAGCAUGGCCGGUUCUUCUUGUUCGAGAACCCGCCGACGUCAGCGAUCUGGAAGGACCUCCAGUUCGCCCCGCUCCUGCCCUUGGGCGAGACCGUUAUUGGCCAUGGGUGCCAGUACGGGAAGACAGGCAAGACUGGCCUGCCGAUUCGCAAGGCGCAUCGCUGGUUCUCCAACUCGCCGCCCGCGCUUGCGGCUCUGAGCCGCCGCUGCCCAGGACUUCGUCCGGAGUCCGGGGGCCACUUGCACGAUCAGAUCGAGAACUCGAAGUGGACAAAGGCCAGCGGCGAGUACACCGACGAGAUGGCCCACGCGAUGCUCCACGCGAUCCAGCAGGUCGCCGCCCAGAGGAAUCCGAGCAGGUUCGCCGACAUGCCGGUCGCGGCUACCGAGUGGGAGGCCGCCUACAACCACGCAGGUCCCAUCGAGGUGCUGUUCGCCUCGCCAGAGAAGGACCCCACCAGGUGGGGGGCGGUCAUGCAGGGCGUCCGACAGAUCGUGGGCGGCUCCGCCAGUCGAGGCGGGAACAAGGCCACGCAUUACCUUUCGAGGUCAUCCACGCUCUGGAGACAGAUUAGCCAGCUCGUCCCGUGGGACCUCACGAUGAUCCAGCUCGUGAAGACAGCCAAACAAAGGAGGUUCCCCAUCAACAAGGAGCCGUGGUCUCACCGUGGUCACUGCUACGUGGACGAGAAGGGCCAUUACCACAUCGAAGCCGAGGACCUGGUUGACGUGGCCUUCCCGACGUUGGCCUUGUCGCCGCCAGCGGACCUAGCCGUUUUCUUCUUCGGCUAUGCCAAGCAGGAGUCCCUCCCGCAGGAGCCUGACACGUCACAGAUAGAGAAGCGAAUGCCGCUUCCCCCGGACCCGAACGACCCGAUGCUGCCGAACAACAGCCUGCCGCCCGAUGAGGACGACGACCUGCAGGACGUCCCGAUCGCUCGGAUGCCUGACGCGUCCGGCGGUAUGGCUGGCAUACGUUUUGUUGGAGUGACAAAGGAGCAGUGUCCUCGUGAAGUUCGCCAGCUUGUCGCUCGUAUGCACUGUAACUUGGGGCAUCCUGUGCCCAGCGAGUUCUUCCAGUUCCUGGCUCAGAGAGGCGCCUCGCAGGCCACGCUGCUGUGCGCCGGAGCGCUGAGGUGCCCGGCGUGCCUUCGUCGCAAACGGCCUCAGCGACAGCGGGAGUCACCGAUUCCAAGAGUGGGUCUGUUCAACGACUUAGUCAAGGGCGACUUGUUCUACGUCAUGACCCACGACGGUACGACGCACGCGCUCUUGGGACUGGUGGACAAAGCUACGAGACUACAUGUGGUGUGUCGGAUUGCUUCACGCGAACCAGGAGACGUCUGGGAGAAGUUCCAGACGUGCUGGCUCACCCCGUUCGGGAUCAUGCAGAUUCUGGUUGUCGACCGGGACGGUGCCUUCGAAGCCGUGUUCAUGGACAACUGCCACACGUUGGGAAUCGACGUGAGGUACGUGCCGCCGGGAGCUCACUGGCAGCUGGGCCUGGCCGAAUCCGGCAACUACGCCUGGCGCCGAGUCUUCGAGAAGGUGAUCGACGUCAUCCUGCCGACGAUGCCAGAGCACGUGGACCUCGCGAUCAUCUCGACGAGCCACGCCGUAAACCAGUCAGUGCGCCGAGCAGGCCGCACCGCCUAUGCCGCCGCCUUCGGACGGGUACCCACACUUCCGACCGAGCUCUUGGCCGACACCACGUCCGCCGAGUUCUGGCACAAUUGCACCCAGGAUGAGAUGCUGGCCUACGGGGAGAGAUGCCGCAUUGAGGCGCUCAAGGCGAUCGCCGACCUGGAGGCCGACGAGGCGCUGCGCACCUCCAUCCUCCGCCAGCCUGUCAACCGCAAGGAGUACGACUUCCUCUCGGGACAGCGCGUGGCAGCCUGGGGCGAGCAUGGUCGCAAGCGACGGGGCAAGACGCCCGUGGCAGGGCAUCGCCCAGGCAUUUUCUGUUUCUGGGAUUCCGGCACCAACGGCUACGGCGAGGGCGAGUCUGCCUGGCUGCGGAUCGGGCACCGCGCUGUGCAGGUGGCCCGCGAACACAUACGCCCAGCCAUCGGUUUCGAGGGCUGGACCCCUUCCGAGGAGGACCUCGAGGAGCUCAAGACGGCCGAGCAGGACUUGGCGAAGGCCAGAGCGGUACCCGGCGUCGAGCCGAAGGCGAAGCUCCAGAGCCCGUUGCGCCCUUUCCGUGGCCAGCACCGCCUCAGUUUGGACCAGUCCGAGCACGAGAGCGCUCUGCGACGCCCACGCCGAGGAAAGCUUCCUAACAUACCGGGCUCACCGAGCCCAGCAGCCUUCGUGUCCAACGAGUCGGGCGAGAUGGAGUUCAUCACACCGGAUGGCUGGGACGGAGUCGAGGAGCCGGUCUUGCUCAGGACCCGCGUGUUCUCGAGCCUGGCGGAGGUCCAGGAGGCCUACGAGGCGCACCUCUUGCCCAUCGAGAACUUCGAGAACGACCCGAUCGACGACAGCGAGCCGGACGACGACUGGACAAACUGCCUGUACAUGACCUCCCACGAGCUCUCCGACCUCAGGGACGGCGAGAUGGACGUGGACUGUGCGACAGCACAGGUGGGCGACACGACGGACUCGAACAACCUGUCGAGACGCGAGCAGCGUCAACUGGAUCGUGAAAUCCCCUGGCGGGAGAUCGCAGAGUACCCGGAGGACCAGUUCAUGGAGUACGUCAAGGCCUUGCGCAAGGAGUGCCAGAACUGGGACACCUGGAAGUCCGUUCGGGCCUGCUCGCAGGAGGAGGCCGAACAAGUUCGGAAUGACCCUCAUCGCCGCAAACGGUGCAUCCGCUCGCGCGUGUGCUACCGGGACAAGAACUUGGGGCUUCCGCCGCUGAAGGCCAAGGCCCGCCCGGCGUUGCUGGGGUUCUCCGACCCCGACCUGGAGAAGUUGCCGCGUAACGCCCCGGUGCUGACCGACGCCGGCAAGAAGCUGAUCUGCCAGAUCGCGGUCUCGAAUGACUGGCGAGUCGGGACCCGAGACGCGGAGAGCGCCUUUCUCCAGGGAGGCGCACAGAGUGAGCGCGAGGAGGCGAUCUACAUGAUUCCGCCCAAGGACCCGAUAGUUCAAGCCGCCGGAGUCUUCACCGCCCCGCUCUACGAGGUGGUUGGCAACCUGUACGGUCAGUCGACGGCGCCGUACCUGCGGUACAAGCACGUGGUGACGACCUUCCUGGCGCUGGGCGGCAAGCUCCACAGUCCGUACAGUGGAAGUUUGUUUGUUCAUCAAGCGGCCUACACUAAGGCGAUUGCAGUCACGAAGGUUGGAGUUAUGUCCAGCACUCGGUCUUCUUCUAAGCUGACGCGCUCGGAGCGCGAAGAUCUGGAGUCUGCUGUCGGUUCGCUCCAGUGGUUGUCCGGACACACACGUCCAGACCUGUCAGCCGCGGUUUCCCUUGUCCAGAGGACCGACCCCGAGCUGAACGACCUACGGAUGGCCAUGAAGCACGUAGAGUACGCGCACCGCACAGCCCAGACUGGCAUCCUGAUCGUCCGCGUCGAUUUGAGCCGCGCCUGCUUCGUGAGUUUUGCAGACAGCUCAUGGGCGAAUGCUCCUGGAUUGAAGACCCAGAUCGGCACCCUCAUCUUUCUGGCAGACGAGGUGAUACUCACCGGACCCACGUCAUGUACUCUCUUGUUUCACAAGUCCAAGAGAACGCCGAGAGUGGUGAGAUCUACGCUGGCUGGGGAAGCUAUCGCGCAGGACCUGGGAGUGGACAACGCGUCGUACUUGUCGAAGUUCCUGUCCGAGAUGCUGACCGGACGGCCUGCUGGCCGACACCCACCGAUCUUCGAGGUUAUCACCGUUACCGACUGCAAGUCUCUGUACGAUGCCCUCCACCAGCUCACCCCGAGUUUGUCUGAGAAACGUACUGUGAUCGACGUGAUUUCCAUUCGUGACGAGGUGAAGGUCAAGAACGUCAGGUGGAUCCCUACGACGCACAUGAUAGCCGACGGCAUGACCAAGGAGGAUCCGAAGCUUCGCGAGAAUCUGACCGAGUUCUUGGCGGACCCAGUGCUUUCGCUCGUGGAAUCGAUUGCUUGCGAGGAGCUGACCG